AUGAGGUUAUUAAUUCCCGCGAAGAGGCUCGUGGAUGAUCCUCUCGAUCCUCACUUCACUAUGGGCUGUUGGCUGGUGUUUGCGUGGUAUAUGCAUCGGAGUUGGUUCAGCCAUUGGAUGCUUACUCCGGUGAGUCCUCACACGACGUACGAUGUUCUGCAUUGCGCGGCAGCGGUAGAGUGGCUCAUGGAAGCCCGUCUUCGGGCGCAUACAUCGAUCCCGCUGAUCAUGGAAUGCGGAUGGAUGGCAAGGACUCCAGUCCAUGAGCUCGACCGAGUCGGAGCACUGCUUGAGCCUUUCUUCCGUAUCAGAACCGGAUAA